AUGCCGACUGAACUAGAAGAGCUUGUGGGCUUCAUCGCCAACCCUAAUGCCCAGAUUCGUCUGCUUGCUGCUGAGAACCUGGUUCCCUACUCAUUGUCAGACCCAAGUAUUUUCAAGACUGAGAAGCUUCAACCGAUCAAGCACUUGAGUUUCUUAGUUCGGGAUCAUCCUAAAAUUGCCGAACAUGCUAUCACAAUGCUUGUCAACCUAUCAGGCGAUGAAGAGGUCCUCAAAAGUCUAGCAACCGAUGAGAAGUUCCUAGGAAUUGUCUUUGAUCUCAUAGUGAACCCAGAGGAGCCAAAUGCCAACUUGCUAGCUAUGCUUGCUGCUAACCUUUCCAAGUGGGAUGGUCUGAAGGAUUUCCUUAAGAGAAAGCAAGAACCCCCUAAGGAGUUGGGCUCAGAUGAGAUUGUUCUCAACCAACUGCUGGAUCUGUUUGUCAAAGGCCAAGAUGGCACAUACAACAAGAACGCAGACUUUGACUACCUAGCUUACGUUUUUGCCGAUCUUUCCAAGCAUGCCGAUAUCCGAAAGCACUUCCUUGAAGAGCAGCCCUACGACAAGGUUAUUCCUCUCACCAAGCUCAAGGUCUUCACAGAGCACAAGUCCGAUAUCCGACGUAAGGGUGUUGCCAGCACUAUCAAGAACGUUGCUUUCGAGGUUUCAUCGCAUCCAUCUCUCCUGGCCGAGGAUGAGAUCGACAUUCUUCCCUACAUCCUUCUCCCCAUCAUGGGCAACGAAGAGUAUGACGUUGACGAGACUAUGGACAUGUUGCCCGACCUUCAGCUCCUACCCCCUGACAAGAAGCGAGACUCAGACAACCAGAACGUGCAGACACAUGUGGAGACACUUACUCUUCUGACAACGUCACGAGAGGGACGUGAUUUGAUGCGCCGGGUCAAGGUCUACCCUGUCAUUCGAGAGACACAUCAGCGUGUCAACGAUGAGGGUGUCCAAGAGGCUUGUGAGCGACUGGUCCAGGUUCUGGCACGAGAUGAGGAAGGUGAGGGAGAAGGCGAGGUCAAGGAGGAGAACGGAGUCAAGGCUAUCGAGGACAAGCCUGCUGCUACUAAUGGCCGCGUGGAAGAAGUUGAGGAUGAAGAUGAUCAGCUCGUUGAGGUUUAA